GCCAUGGUAUCUAGAGCUCACAUAAACAAAGCCACAUUGGCCAGACUGGAUAGUCGAAGCUUGUGUCGCUGUUGGUGCGCGGAGUCACUCGGUUUCCCUGCUUGGCAUUGCUUGUACCUACGCUCAUGAUUUGGAGCUUUUACUAAAAUUGAUGAAUACCACCUUCAUGCUUAUCGCAUGGACAGAAAGGCACGAUCCUAAUGUGAAAGAGGGGAAGAACCAGAACAGAGUCGCAUUCUUCUAUCCUGACACCCACACAACAGCUCCUGACAUUACCCAUUUCAAGUGUCACCGGAAAACUGUCACAAGACUUGAGCCAUGCCCUGCGUUCAGGCUCAGUAUGGAUCAUCACCUCAAGGAGCCAGUCCUGCUUCCCAGAGCUACAGCUACCACACCGCAGGAGAAUACAGCUGCGACUUCUUAACACCUGAGUUUGUUAAGUUUAGCAUGGACUUGACCAACACUGAGAUCACAGCUACUACUUCUCUACCAAGUUUCAGUACAUUCAUGGACAACUAUAACACCAGUUACGACGUUAAACCGCCCUGUCUGUAUCAGAUGCCCCACUCCGGAGACCAGUCCUCUAUCAAAGUGGAGGACGUCCAGAUGCACAGUUACCAUCAGCAGAGCCACCUGCCACCUCAGUCGGAGGAAAUGAUGGCUCACUCUGGGCCUAUGUACUUCAAACCCUCCUCGCCUCAUGCCCCAAGUACACCAAACUUCCAGGUUCAGCCUAAUCACAUGUGGGAGGACCCUGGCUCCCUCCACAGUUUCCACCAGAACUAUGUUGCGGCCACGUCUCAUAUGAUGGACCAGCGCAAGAAUCCGGUGUCAAGGCUUUCGCUCUUCUCCUUCAAACAGUCCCCGCCUGGUACUCCUGUUUCCAGCUGUCAGAUGCGGUUCGACGGACCGCUGCACGUCUCCAUGAACCACGACAACCCGGGCGCGCACCGCGGCCCGGACGGCCAAAGUUUUGCGGUGCCCAGCGCUAUACGGAAACAGGCUGGUCUGGCCUUUCCUCACUCCCUGCAGCUCAGCCACGGGCACCAGCUGAUGGACAGCCAAGUGCCAUCGCCCCCGUCCCGAGGAUCUCCGUCAAACGAAGGUCUGUGUGCGGUAUGUGGGGACAACGCAGCCUGCCAGCAUUAUGGAGUGAGAACCUGCGAGGGCUGCAAAGGAUUUUUCAAGCGCACCGUACAGAAAAAUGCAAAAUACGUGUGUUUAGCAAAUAAAAACUGUCCUGUUGACAAACGCCGAAGAAACCGUUGCCAGUUCUGCCGUUUCCAGAAGUGCCUUGUCGUCGGAAUGGUGAGAGAAGUUGUCCGAACGGAUAAUCUGAAAGGUCGAAGAGGACGCCUACCAUCCAAACCCAAAAGUCCCCAGGAGCCCUCCCCUCCCUCGCCGCCGGUCAGCCUCAUAAGCGCACUUGUUAGGGCCCAUGUGGACUCCAAUCCUUCCAUGUCUGCUUUGGACUACUCCAGAUUCCAGGCUAACCCUGACUACCAAAUGACUGGAGACAACACUCAGCAUAUCCAGCAGUUCUAUGAUCUCCUGACGGGCUCCAUGGAGAUCAUCCGGGGCUGGGCGGAGAAGAUCCCUGGCUUUUCUGAUCUACCGAAGCAAGAUCAAGAUCUCCUCUUUGAAUCCGCCUUCCUUGAACUUUUUGUCCUACGGCUGGCAUACAGGUCCAACCCAGUGGAAGGAAAGCUUAUUUUUUGUAAUGGAGUGGUUUUACACAGACUACAGUGCGUCCGUGGAUUUGGAGAGUGGGUAGACGCCAUCGUGGAGUUUUCUUCCAACUUGCAGAGCAUGAAUAUUGACAUCUCAGCCUUCUCAUGCAUCGCAGCUCUGGCCAUGGUAACAGAGCGGCACGGACUCAAGGAACCCAAGAGAGUCGAGGACCUCCAAAACAAGAUCGUCAACUGCCUCAAAGAUCAAGUGACAUUCAAUGGCGGUGGCUUGAAUCGUCCCAACUACUUGUCAAAACUCUUAGGAAAGCUCCCAGAACUGCGCACACUAUGUACCCAAGGUCUGCAGCGUAUCUUUUACCUAAAGCUAGAAGACCUAGUCCCUCCGCCAGCAAUAAUUGACAAACUUUUCCUCGACACCCUACCUUUCUGAGUCUGACUCAAUGGCGAACCUCAAAGAACUUCCAAAAGACUAUUUGUGUCAGACUUGACAGAUUUUUAACGUUGUUAUUUCUGAAUAUUUGCAAGCUCCACAUGCUAACAGAACAACCACAUUAUGAAUAUGAAAUCGUGAAAAAGUAACAGGAGGAAAAAACAGAAAGUCUGAUGGCUGUGCAGGCCUUGAUUUUUUUUUUCUUUUCUCUCUUUUUUUCCCUUUUUCUUCCUUUUUUUUGUACCAAACAACUGAAUUAUCACGGGGAAAUUCUCUCAAGUGGACAAAUUAUCAUCAAAUUUAACUUUGUCUUGCAAUCAUUAACUGUUUAUUUAACAUCGGCUCUACUGAUUCAGCAUACUCAGAUGUAAUAUAUUCCAUUUAUAUAGAAAUAUAUAAACCCACGCACACACACUGUAUAUUAUGAUAGAUUAUGUGAUGCCUCCAAUGCAUCGGUUUAUAACAUGUGUACAAAGUUUGUUAUAAUGAAAAUAUUUAAUUUUUCUUUUCUCUUUUGACUCGUGCCUAUGUGUUUCUGACAGGAUCCCAAAAGUAUCCAGAAAAGACAACGCAUGAUCUAGUUUUCUCCCCCUCCCUCCAUUCCUCCCCCAUCCUUUUCUUUUAUAGGCACUUGCUGAGGUGAUGUCUAUAUAUAAUAUAUACCGGACACUAUGUAGUCUGCUAGAUUUGAUACUGAUUCGUAGUUAUGGCACUCCUUUUAUGUAUGACGCAUAUGUGGAAAAAUAUUUCAUCUGUAUAGAAAAUGAGGGACCCAUGGUGUUUGUAAAACUGUCAGACAUUCCUUGUUUGUAUGUGCUGUAAGUAUUGUUGCUGUUGAAUAUAAACGUUUCUAUAUAUUUAUUAUUUCUAUUGCCAAGAGCUACACUAAGCAUGGUGCAAUUUAAACGAUUUCAAACCAUCCAAGUUUCAUGCUGAGCACGUUGUCUAUGUUUUAUGUCUUAUAAGCGUCUAGGUAGUUAUGAUUUACACGUUUUGGAACUGAAAAUGCCAUCUUAUAUGAAGAGGUCCAUGAGUGUGUGAUAUAGGCCUACAUCUUUGGCAUCACGGUGUACUUACAACUUCUGUAACGCAUUUGGUGCCGAAUUCAAAAACUUUAGAGACAAAGAAAUAUUUAAUGUUUACAAAUAAAACUUUUAAAUCAAUUCUUUGCUAAAUACUUUCUCUGAAAUGUAUUCUUCAAAUUCAGACUUUUCCAAUCCCCGAGAGAGAGAGAGAGAGAGAGAGAGACAGACAGAGAGAGACUCGCAGGCAUUUUCUCAUUCUAACUUAUUCGCGGAAUUCUCAGCAUUGUGAAGUAACGGCGCAAAAACAAACUUCAUAAUGACACCGCAAUAAUAUUAAUUUCUGUUUUCAUCCCAAUUUAAAUAAAUGUGACAAGAGUUUAGUUCAAACGAAAAGAGUAAGUUAUUGCUUUAAAAGAGGAAAUAUUCGUGAUGGCAGGGAAGCUUUAUUUGGGUU